CUCAAUGGGGCCGGCGGGGCUGUGCGGGCCGAGCCCCGGGAGCGGGGCGAUGUCGCAGGGUCCGCCGGGCGCGGGGCACCCCAAUGACCUGCCCGACCACGCUCCGCGGGUGCGCAGCGCCCUGGCCGAGCUGCGGCGGCGGGCGGAGGCAGAGCCCGCACAGCGCUGGCCGCAGCCGCUCUCCGAUGCCUUCCUGGUGCGGUUCCUGCGCGCCAGAGACUUCCACAUGGACCUGGCCUGGAGGUUAUUGAAGAAUUAUCAGAAGUGGAGAACUGAAUGCCCAGAAAUAAGUGCAGAUUUAAAACCAUCUUCUGUUCUUGGUCUUUUGCAAGCUGGCUAUCAUGGAGUCCUUAGAUCAAGGGACCCACAUGGAAGCAAAGUUCUAAUAUACAGAAUAGGACAAUGGGAUCCCAGUGUAUUUACCGUAUACGAUGUGUUUCGUGUAAGUCUCAUCACGUCUGAACUCGUUGUAAAGGAGAUUGAGACUCAGCGGAAUGGAGUCAAGGCUAUCUUUGAUCUUCAGGGCUGGCGAUUUGCUCAUGCAUUUCAAAUCAGUCCAGCAGUGGCCAAGAAAAUCGCUGCUGUUCUCACAGAUUCCUUUCCACUAAAAGUUCGAGGUAUCCACUUGAUUAAUGAGCCUUUAUUCUUCUACCCAGUCUUCGCUCUAAUUAAGCCUUUUCUCACUGAAAAAAUAAAGGAACGGGUGUUUAUGCAUGGAAAUAACUACAUUCAGAGUCUGACCCAACACUUCCCCACCAGCAUUCUCCCACCGGAAUAUGGGGGGGAGGAAGUCUCCUUUGAAGAGCUGGCUAAAGAAUGGACUGACUUUAUAAUGGCAUCUGCAGAUUAUCUUCAGAGCAUUUCUCUGGUUGCGCAGAAAUAACCUUAUUGCAGUAUUAUAUCAAUUCUUUAACAGUGAAAGUGGAAAUAAGUUGAAUAUGAAAACAUUCAUUUGAACUUCAAAUUAUUGUGAAUGAAACCAGUAUAUCUUUGCAGGGCACUGAAUAUUAUAUUGGCUGCACUUUAUACUAACUGGAGUCUAUCCGUAUGUGUGUCUGAAGAGAUUAAUGAAUUCUACAUAUUUGUAGUACUGUUUGUAAUUGAUUAACCUGUAUGCCAGAAAGUUGAAGAAUGCAUUGGAUAUCAGAUUGAUACUGCUCCUGUUAAGUCUUUGGAGACAACUAAUUUGUAAUAAUGCAGUCCAGAACCUUACACGUAGCUCUUGUAUCUUGGCUUGUCAAGACAACAGGAUAUAAAAUGAAGAACGGAAUGUGACUAGGGUAGAGUAGUUUGUUGCAGAAGGGACUGCAGGGCUAAUUUACAAGGAGCAAAGAGGCUGCCUUUUGGAUUGAUUCUCAGGGAAAAGGACUAUUUUGUUAGUUUGUGUCAAAUUGAAAAUUAGUCAGCAAUAGUAAGACAUUUGUGUUAAUCUUUGUGCUGCUUGUGCAGCUUCCCCAUUUGUUCUAAUUAACACAAAGAUGUGUUAACAUAAAUUUUCUAGUUUUCUAAAGGAAGCUGGGAAAAACACCAUAUACCUGUUCUUCAAAUGACAAUAUGAAUCAGGAGGAGGAACUGGUAAGAGAGCCCAAACAAAGUUGAAAAUUUUAUUUCAAAGUGAUAUUGCGUAUGGACAAUGAUAAGCAACUCGGAUGAUCAGCUUUAAUUCUUACUGUAGAUUACUACAGAAGUCAAGAGCUUUCAGCUUGUUUGCCUUAUCUGUUCGUUUCAGAGGGUGAAGUAUGUUACUCUUUGUGGAUCUGAACUUUAGAAAUACCUGUUAGAUAUUUAAGGGUGCUUUGAGGUCACUUUGAACCUCAGCAUAGGAGAUGCUGAGUGUCUUCAUUUUAUUUUUCCAUAGGGGUAAUGAAAAAAAUCUCUAUAUACUUACUGGAAACCAGUUUCUGUUUUGUUUUGGUUUUCUAAGGGACAUUAUUGAGAUAUGAACACUGAUGUAAAAGCUAUCACUCUACAUAGCAGUAUCCUCCUGCAAUCCCCAGUAUCUAAUGAUCUAAAGUAUUAUUUUACUUUUCACUCAGCUUUUUCUUAAAAUCUCUGUUAGUACAACAACUGCUAGAGUUCAUUUACCCAGUUUUUAACUCUCUUUUGUAAUAAGCCAAGAGAUCUUUGCAUAAGCACUAUGUAUUUAAGCAUUCCAUAUGAGUCUUCGUAUAAAUGAAUCUGUAACAAAUGCUUUGUUUCUCAGGUAGCUAUAAGUUAUAACUUCAGUUAUUUUGGAAUCUUUAGGACAUUGGGAUUCUAUAUUCAUAUAUGCUUAGGGGAGAGAAAUUGUGCUAUCCUAUUAAAUCUGAAAUGUCUUAUUUUCCAUUAUAACUAAUACUGCAUUACUGUGAAAGUCAUUGGAAGCUAUUUAAUAGCUAGAGGAAUAUCUAUGAAAGACACAUUAGAGUAAUCACUGAUUGUAGUUUCUUCUGCUGUGAUAAGGUCAGUGCCAGAAAUUCUUUAAAAACUGACAAAAGCUUCUUAGGGUUUUUUCUUCCAAUUCCCUGAUUUUCUCAAGUGUGUUUUUCAUUCUUCUCUUUCACAGUAUAUUUGAUAUGGAGCCUAAAUUUGAAUAAACCUUUUCCAGAUACUUUUUCAUAGGAUAAUAUAUUUCAUAUAUCUUUCUUUUUUUUCUCAGAUUGAACUAUUUUGUGAUAAAAGAAUCUCCUUUAAUAGAGGAGUUUGGUGAACUGCUAAUUCUUCUUUAUAAGAAAAUAAACUAAGUAGUCAGGCAUCUGGCAAUUGUUCAAGUGUGUAUCUGAAGUUCCAAAUAAUUUGCCAACUGGAGAACUGAAGCUAUUGUCUUAAUUUUACAGUCCUUCAAUUUUAAUCCUUGAAUGUAAACUGCACAAAGCAAUGAGCCAUGUUUCAGUGAACAGGAAAAUUUAAACUUUUCCCAUGAAACCAAUCUCUGAUUGUUGCUGGUUUAUGUAGCAGAGACCUCAUUUGAUUGCAUAUGUAUGUGCCCAUGCAUAUGUAGCUGGUUUUUAGUUUUUAUAAUCUUUAUUUGGACUACACCAGCUCUGUGGAUAUAAACUUCUAAAUGUCUUGAAAAAUAUCCUAAAUCUGUUGUUAAGUGGUAGCGUGUUUGCAUAACACAACAGUUAGAGGUCUGAGUGCAGUUACUUUUCCAUAAACUUAAUUAUUUUUUAAUGUUUACAUAUUAUAUAGAAUGUAGGAACUCUAAUUGCACUUGCUGCUAAUAGUAAUGACACAAGAUAAUUGUAACAUUUGCAUAAUUAAUGGAGGAGGUAUUAGUAUGAUCCAUGGUGAUGUGGCAGCUUUGAGCAGCAGUAAAAAAAAAACAAAGAUCCCUAAGUGUGUUAUUCUUCAAAACCAUCGGAAGUGCCUCUAAAAAAAGAAAGUUCCUGUUAAACGAUGCAAACGUAAUUUACUACUGACUGUAAGCAUCACGUGAUGCUCAAUGUUUUUAAUUAUUUUUUACAUGUUGACGCCAUUUUAAUUAAUAAACAAUUUCUGCUCGGA